UGUUUGCAUAGUUUGGUCUUCGGGUGGCGGAGGAUAGAGCGAGAGAUCAUCUUGACCAGUGGAGAUUGUGUGUAUCACCGUAACUUGCCGCGCUGGUCAGGCCAAGCUGACCACGGAGAGAUGGCGGACGACUCGCUGAGAAUUACGGUCAGCUACGCGGGAAAAGAGAAGCGAAUUCCUCUGGUGGUGCGGCCUAGUCUGGAAUUGAGUGAUGUUGACGUUGACCAGGCGGAGCUGGAGCUUUGCCACAUCGUGCGACACGUCUUCAACAUCCCCGUGGAAUCCGAUUUCUCUCUGCACGAGGCAGAGACCAGCCGCAUCCUGACGAAAGAGAGUUUCCGUGACCCGAGCUAUCUGUCCACUUUCCCUCCGCACUGGUAUCUGACGGUGGAGAAGACGGCUGGGGAGGCGGGGGAGGAGGAAGACAGAGACAGAACCUAUGAGAGUGGGUCAGCCUUUGACCUGUACACAGAAGGUCUCUCUGAUCUCGAGGAGACCAUCCCGUCGCUAGCGGAGCUCUCUCUGGCCGACGCCAAGUACCAGAGCCUGCGACUCGCGGCCGACUCCUCAAGUGGACUGUUUGGAGUGACUCUGAGACAUUUCAGUAUUCAGCCAAUCUCUGGACAAGGAGACAGUCCGACUGAGUUUGGGUCUCAGAACAGCCAGCAAUCCUCUACUUCCACCAUUGACAUUUUGUCCACUACAUUUAUCCACCAAUUGGAGGGGGCGGGGCAGGGGGCGGGGCUUCAGCAGGGCGACACAGUCCACAUGAUAAAUGGAGAGAGCAUCAUUCGUAGCAAUUUCUCUGAAAUUGAAGAUCUGUUGGCACAAUGUGGCAGUGAAAUCUCUCUGAUGGUUCUCCCAAAAGAUAACGAUGAUCUCCAGUUUCUCUACCCUCAGUACACGGAGGGUCAUGUGGGGGAGUUCACGUCCGGCGAUGAGAAGGUAAUUGUCAGGGACAUCUCCCUGGUGGUGGGGAGUGGGACCAGCAUGCCGGAGGAGACAGAGGGGGACAGCAGACUCCAGCCACUCGGUCUCUACAACUUCAAAGGCUCCGGAUCCUCUCUCGACAACACACAUUCCAAUUCUUCCAACGAACAACUGCCUCAGGACGACAGAUUGAUCCAUUGUUCCAUCCACGACAUUAUGGUCCAAAGCCCCUCCUCCUCGCGGACCUCAUUUGGAUGGUACAACAGGUCUUCUGGCACCGGUUCCAACAGCCAACUAGACCGACUGGACGAAAACGCGACCUACGACCCUCCCUCGUGGAGACCUGUUGCCAAUGGCCACGUGAGGUAUGAAGAAGGUGUGGAGGCGGACCCGUCCUGGUACCAGGAUCCUCAGGAUGGACUGGAGACGUCGUCCCAGCCGGUCCAGGAACCGGUAGCUCACAGGGAUAAGGUGUUCCGAGCUCAUUCUCAGGAUUCAGGUGUGGUCAACAGGGUGGGGCUGCUGAGCAGCGGAGACGAGGGCUCCGCCUCCCAGCCCAUGUGGGCAGAGGAUCUGGGUGUGGUCAGGGUGGGCCGGCACAGCAAGAAGAGCCUGGAGAUGUUGACUAGUUUGUCUACGACUGCCCCGCCCCCUCGAGGAAUGCGAAGAAUCCAGAGUGACGACAUGGUGGGCCAAUCGGCUCGGAGCCAGUCAGCAGGGGGCGAGGCCACCAGACGACAUUCUGAGCAGGAGCACCAUCACCAUGCCGACAAGAACAUCACACCCACUGCCAAGACUCCUCCUACCAGCUAUGAGGCAGGAGACAGUGUCCCCUCCCUGCCUCCACCGAGAGAGAGGCCUAGGAAAGCCACUCGCUCCUACUCCAGUCAGAGACCCAGCAGAUCACGGCCUUCCGGGGACAGCGACGCUGCCGCCAAGACUGCUGAGAUUCUGCGGAGGAACUUGUCCCAGCCAGUGGAGACAGGGGAGGUUGAGAGGGGGAGAGGGAGAGAGGAAAGAUUCCAUUCUGAGUCUGGAACAGCUCACUCCAUAUCUCCUCCUCUACAACAGAGUGAGAGAGAGGAGGAAGGACAGUCACCUGACACUGUGGUGACCACACCCACUAUCAUGGUCGCCUCAGAGGAGCCAAUGGGAUAUGGGGAGAGGGUGAGGAGGGAGAGUGGGGAGGGAGGGAGGAUGGGAAGCCACACCCUCCGACAUGGAGAGACCAGUCCUCCGAUGUCGCCACGGAGAUACCAGUCCGUGACCCUUGAUCCCAGAGCUGCUAGAUUUGGCUCCGCCCACCACGAUCAUGUACAUCAGCUGUUGCUAGGGCCGACGAGUCGUAGACUGCCCAUCAUGAAAUCGACGUCGGCCCAGAGUCCGUACGGGGUGGAGCCAGUGAGGGAGAGGAGUAUUGACGAGGCCGUUGCCGCCAGUCAGGGUGGCUCCUCCUCUCUCAGUGUGCAGCCAGUGCCAGUCCGUGGUGCUCUAAGUAUGGAGACAGAGGGAGGAGAUCUGGGGGUCAGAGGUCACGCAAUUGGAAUGUUCCCUCCUCCAUUCAUGGGCCGCAGACACUCUCACUUCGAGGAUAGGUCCCGUGUGCAGGGAACAUUGUACAAGAAGCAGAUCAGUGAUGGUCAGGGGAAGAAGAGUGCAGGUCGCUCCUGGAAGGCCUUCUACACCGUCCUGGUCGGGAGUCACAUGGUCUUCUACAAAGACAGGAAAGAUGCCGACGCAAACAAGCCGUGCGAGGAGCCGCCAUUGGAGGUGGUCCCUGGCAGAGCAGACCUCACCCAUGGCUACAUCAAGAAGAGGAAUGUGUUCAGAGUGACGUGCGGCCACCAGCAGACAGGGGCUGAAUACCUGCUGCAGUGUGAAAGCUCUCAGAACAUGCUCCUCUGGGUCACCACCAUUCACAAGUUGAAUGGAGGAGGGAAGAUGGUGGAACAAGCUGCCCCAAAGCCGACACAUUUUCUCACCCCUGGCUCUCCUCGCAGUGCUCGCCGUGGCUCCUCCCCCCUCCCCACUGGCCCCACCCACCAGAGAACCAGCCGGAAGAAAACACUGGUGAAAGGACUAAAGAAUGCUCUAAAGGGAGGUAAAAAGGGAGUGUGUCUUCAGCCAUCAUUUGGACAGUUUCUGGGAGACUGUCCAAUGUCCUCUGAGAACAAGAAUGUUCCCCUGGUGGUAGAGAUGUGUGUGAGAGAAGUGGAGGAACAUGGUCUGGAUGUGGAGGGUCUCUACAGGAAACCAGGAAUGAGCAGCAUAAUCAAGAGCAUGGUGACAGACAUUGACAAGGGACAGUUUGAGUGUGAAGACUAUGGAGACAUACACACCAUAGGCUCCCUCCUCAAGAAGUUCUUCCAAGACCUCCAAGAUCCACUUAUACCCAGUGACCGAUUCAAGGAGUUCCUGGGUGUAGUGAUGGAGGGUCAGAGGGAAAGUGAGCAGGUGACAAGGCUGCGCGGACUCGUCUUCCAUCUCCCAACUUCCCACUACCACACUCUCCGCCAUCUGACUGCCCAUCUCAACAAGGUGGCCAGACACUCCGAUCAGAACAAGAUGGUGCUGAGGAAUGUGGCGAUGGUGUUUGGACCAACACUGAUGCUCCCAGCUGGUAGUGAGGAAUACCUGGCUGCAAUGAGUCACACCUUCACAGUCAUCGAAUUACUUUGUAAACAUUGGCGGAACAUGUUUGACUCUGAGAGAUGUCACGAGGAAGAGGCCCUGGAGAGAGCAAGGGAGAGAGAAAGACAGAGAGAGGAGGCCACGGCGGAGGGGAGGGCUCUCGUCUCUUCCCAGAGAACCUCCUCCGAUCCUGCCGUUAACAGCCUCAAGGUCAAGAAAGACCACGCUCUGUUCAAUGCCUCACCAAAGAUGGUUCGCAGGAUAAAGAACCAGUUCAGCAGUGGCUCCAGUGGCUCCAGGAAGACCCCCGAGAGAAACUCGUACUCUGGAGGUGAGGCUCUCUUCUCCGCCUCUCUCACGGCUCGCAAACAACACAACAGGGCAGAGACACUGCCGGCAGCCAAUCCUACUGUUGGCUCCCUCCUUUCCCCUUCCUCUCAGCCGGCCCCGCCCAGCAAAUGGGGCCGGGCGGGGAGCAGCGGAAGUCUCCAGGCCACCAGAGCUCGUGAAGCCAGUCUCGGUGUGUACGGGGACCUCAAUCCCCACGCCAGGUACGGAGGUCAUGAGGAGGGAAGGAGGGAACACGUCGGGAGCAUCUGGAAGGACCAGAGGGGGCGUGGCUCCGAGAGAAGGGAGGGGCAGUCUCGAUCGCAGCUCCUCUCCUCCCAUCCUCCUCCUCCUCUCAUCGCCCACCAGAAAGAGCUCCUCGCGUCGUACCAGCAUCCUCAGACCCUCCCGUACCAUCGCCACUCCCACUCCUCUCCCUCACACGAGCCUCUCCAUCGCUCCACCACAGUCCCAGUCGCUUCCCCCGAACACCGUUCCUCCAUACACCAUUCAAUAUCCUCUCCUGAGCACAGGGGCUCCUUACAGCACCACUCAAUGCGCCAGCCUCCCUCCACGUCCUCCCCCACAGGUACGAGGAGGAAGAUAAGCUACAACCUUGCAGUGGGUGAGGGCUACGGAGCAGCACACAGAGCUAGUGGCUAUCACCACAGAAGACUGUCGGACCAGCUGCCCUACCAGGACGAGCUGAGGGAGAAGGAAUUUUCAAGGUCGUAUGCCCCGCCCACUUCUGCCCAGUAUGGGAAUUCCAGAGCUCCUCGUUAUGACAGGGGUCACCAGUACGUGCCUCAGGGUACCGGUGAUCGGGGUCAAAGGUCAAUUCCCAAGUCUUAUCACUAG